AGGUGUUGCAUUUGUGGGGUGAGGUUUGUGAGGGGGCCCAAGGGGUACAACAGGAGGAAGGUCACAACGCUGACCAGCCCCAAAACCUUCCGGCUAGUCUUUGACAUCACUCCUGAUGACUCUUCCUUCCUCUGCUUGAUCUGUCUUGGCGUGCUCAGAAGGAAAACCAUGCAGAAUGGGAAGCUUUGGACAACCGAACACCAACCAAAAGUUGGAAGACCACGAAAGACUAGGGCCGAAAUACCAAGCUCAUCUACACCAUUAUCAAACCAAACUCCAAAUCAGAUUGAUUCCACAACAUUAUCCAAUCAAACUCCAAUUAUAACCAACCCAUCCUCAUUAUCCAAAGAAGAGUGCAUUGCUUCAAAAAAAAAAAAACGGAGGCCAGUUCGUCAGUGGGACGGGGAGAAAUGGACCACCAUGACUUCUCGUUCCCCAGAAUCCCAUUCAACGACCAUCACACGACCUCAAACGCCUAUAGCCCCAACCACACACUCCUCUUCAACACCAUCAAAUCAAGUAAAUUCCUCAACGUUAUCAAGUCAUACUUCAAAUCAGAUCAGUUCUCUGUUCUCCACUGGAGAGCGGAAAACAAAAAGCUGUCCGAAGGCGCCUCGAUCUACAACACACUCCACACUCCUGUCUCCGUUCCCCAUUGAAGAAGGUAUAAGGCCCAAGAAGAAGAAGCUCCCUGUCUCCAAGACUAAGCAGAGCUAUGGAUUCGGCCCCCAUGCCAAGGCCCUGUAUUACAUGCACAGCCACCAGCACCUGAAGGCCUUCAGGUCCCUGAUGAAGACCAAAGCUAGAGAAGCCAUGACCCUUUUCCUCGCCGAGGUCAUCGCCCAGGAGGUAAUUGUUCUUUUAACAUAAUUCAUUUGAAGAAUGUAUUUGUUUAUAGGCUACCGGCAGUUUAUGGCUAAUCAGGUGUGAGUGUAUCGUUGUUGAAGAUAGAUGUGUUUGACAAGGAAAUGUAUGUGUCCGUCUGUCUGAUUUACCAGAGUAAGGUAUUGAUGAAGGACCAACGUGGGCCAUUGCGUCAGCCGCUGACUGAGGCGAGUGUGAGUGGGUUUUCCUGGGACGCGGUUCUAGCGUGGGGGGAUGAAAAGGCCCCUAUGACCCUGGCCUGUCUUAGGGCCAUGUUCCCCAAACCCAACACCAUCAGGACACAGGUUAUGAUGGGAGCGAGGAAAACGAAACGGUGAGAGAACAAGAGAUGAUCAAUUAAAAGUCAUUGAUUGUAGGCACUUUUCCAGAUGAUCAAAACAUUUAUAUUGUGUGGGGGUCAUAAGUUACCCAACUUUUAUUUUUUUUCCAUUUUAAGUUCUGUUUUGUACCUGUGUUCCACAGGGCUGAAUUAUGUGACUGCUGUUCAUUAUUAAUGACUUGCCCUCUGUGUUCAUGAAAGCAUAAAUUGGUUAUAACAUGUUCUCCGUUGAUAUCUUCUGAAGCCCGAGGACAGAAGAGGAGGCAGGGGAUGUGGUCAGCCAGAGGGCAGGGCUUAUCCUGGCCAUCGUCCUCUACACCUCCAUGCAGAAGUGUAACUUCAUCCAGGCCUCACUGGGGGUCGAGUUCUGGAAACAGGGCUGUCCUCUCAGCGUGUUAAAAGCCCUCAAUGCCCUGGGGCUGUGUCCCAGUGCGGCCUCCACCAGGAGACACGCAGAGAGCCUGACAACCGGCUUUGAUCCACCUCAGGAGGACCGCACAGAGGGGGUGGUGGGGGUGGAGGAGCCUGAGGUAAGUUCUACUCCCUCAGGAGAAAAAGUAUUCUGUUUGUUUACUUUUGUAUGUCUCUUGGUGUCUGUGUAUUAAAUGAGCUUUGAAAAGAAUUACCCCUUGGUUUGUUCUGGUGUGGUUCUAAUUCAUUUGUGGUCCCUGCAGGACUCCUUUUGUCGAUCUGAGGAUGAGAAUCAGACUCUGAGUUGUUCUGAAGAGUAUUCCAGUUCCACCCCAACCCGCUCUCUGAACUGGUUCUCGGACCAAUCCCACUCCCCAUCACACUCCAUAGACAGGUAAGAACCAUUUCCUGGAGGGAGGGGUUUCUAGUAGUGUAGUUGCUCAAAAUUAGCAGUCCGUAGCUACUAUUUUGGUUACCACAAAGUCUAUCCAUAAAACUACCUCGCACAGAAAGGUGGGAUUAACUGGAGCUAAUUUUGAGAUUCUCAUCUAUUUAUCUCCUCCAUCUAUGUGCACUCAGGUCCUGGUCCGAUCUGAGUUCCAGACCUGACUCCCGAUCUCGCUCCAGGUGAGUGAGAGUCUGUGUUUUUGAUGUGUGUGCGUUUGUGUUUGAUGAUGAUCCCUCUCUCCUUGUGCCCCCUGACCUUUGCCCUCUUGUGUCCAAUGCAGGAAAGACGACUUCCAAGGCCCGACUCAGAGGCUUAUCUCCCGGGAGUACCAGAAUCUGAUCAAAGAACAUGGCUACCACAAAGUCCAAAAGUAAGUUAUAGAGAUGUGAUCCUCUAUGGACCUUUAGUAAUCAAUCUGAAAUUUGGGUUGAGGACCUGUGUAUACAGGUUUUCACUUCAACCAUUUGCUCUUAUCUCAAGGCUAUAACCUACUAAUGUCUUCCUGUCCCUCUCAUGCCUUCACAGACCUACAUUGAGUCGAUGGACGAAGAACAGUGAGGACAAAAGGGAGGCAAAGGAAAAACCUGCUCAAAACCCCAAGAGAAGGACUAUGACGAAAAAGAUACCUGCUCAAUCGCCUCAAGUAAUAAACGCAACAGGCGCUCACCAUUCAGACAUGGAGACUUCUCAAGUAAGUGAGGCAAACAUAGAAGUCAUUCAAAUGUCUCAAGUAGACAACACACACAUGGAACCCGUUCAACUCAGCGAUUCAAACAAGUACCGUGCUCAUAUCAAUGAGACAAAUGUAGAACUUGCUCAAAUGUCCGUAAUGAGCGAGACAAACAUGGAACUAAUGAAAAUGCCCAAAAGAGGCAGGCCAAGGAAGGAACUUGCUCAAGUAAGCAAAACAAACAUAGAACACACUCAAACUCCCCAAAUAACCGACACACACUUGGAACCUGCUCACAAGCUCAGAAGUCCAAGGAAGAAACCUGUCCAAACGCUCCAAGUAACUGACACACAAAACAAACCCAUUCAAGUAAGCAAUACAGACAUGAAACUUGCUGAGACAAACAAAGAGUAUGUUGUACAGGCCAAGAAUGGGAGGCCAAAGAAGGGAUUCGUUCAAAUUCCACAAUUAACCGACACUUGCAUGGAACCAAUUCCGCUAAGUGAGGUAAACGUGGACACCACUUUAAUGCUCGGAAGUAUGAGAUCAAGGAAGAGACCCAGACGAGUUACCCAAGUAUCCGGCACAGACCAAGAACAAACUAAAAUGGCCAAAAUAACCAAAACGAACAAGGAACCCUCCGAAACGCUUCAAAAAAUGGACACACACAUGAAACUUGCUGUAACAUCUAAAAGAGGGAGGACAAGGAAGGGACCAAUUGAAAAGUCCCAAGAAACCGACUUACACACCGGUUCAAUGCCUCAAGUUAGUAAACCAAAUCAGCAACGUGUCGAAGGACGUGAAAUAAAUAAGGAACCUGCUGAGCCAAAAAGACUCACUGGAAAGCGUAAAGUAAAUCGGACAAAGAAAGAACCUGCAAAGACACCUGAAGAACUAGCUCAAAUGGAAUUAAUUCCAAAGCGCAAAAGAGGCAGGCCAAGGAAAGAACUUGCUCAAGUAAGCAACACAAGCAAGGAAACCCCUUCAAUGCCCAAAAUAAACAACACCGGCAAAGAACCUGCUCUUACCCGGGAAAUAAAAAUUAUUGUCAAUAGAAUGGAAAGCUGUAGUGCUGCUGAAAUGCCCCAAAUACAUGAGAUGAACAAUCAACCUGUUCAAGUUAGUGAGGAAAACUUUGAACCUGUUCAAAGACCGAGAGGGAGGUCAAUGGAGGGACUCGUUCAAAUGCCCCAAGUAAGCUGCACGGACAUGGAACCUGGUAAGUUAGGCAGGAACAUCACUUCAACGCCAAAAACGACUGACAAAGAACCCGUUCAAAGGCCUAAAGGAAAAGAAACAAAUGCAGAACUUGCUCAAACGUCUCAGAUAAUGGAAAAGAUAAAGGAACACAUUCAAGUAACCAACACACAUAAGGAAACCGCUUCCGUGCCCAAAAUAAGCUGCACAGACAUGGAACUUGCUAAAAUGUACAAAAUGAGUGACUUUCAGACCCGGGUAAUAAGAAUAGUUGACACUAGGAUGAGGGCAAACAAAGAUUCUGUUUCAGUGCCUCAAGUACACCAGACAAACCAGGACCCUGAACCUUCUGCAACACCUGAAAUAAGCUACACAAACAAACAACCCAAGCGAGUGAGAAUAGUUGUUAACAGGAGGAUAGCAGCAGACAUCUGUAGUCCAACCCGGAAAGGCCUGGAGUGUCUGGCUGAAGUAGCUGCUAAAUGUACUCCAUUAGAUAUUAAAUCUGCUGAAGAGAAUGGCUAGAUAGGUAGAUGCGUGUUACUUCUCAAUAUAACAAACUUCACAACAUGACGUCUCAGAAGGAAAAAAAAUUUAGUCAAAGGGUAUAACCCUAACCAGAGGGGAAUGGAGGGGUGGGGAAUAGUCUGCCCCUGUCUUCUUCUGGAUUACCGUUUUAAUGUAGUUGUAUGUACCAGGCCUUUGUCUUUGCAUUUGUAUGAGGUAGAGAUGGUCAUCCAUAUGUUGCUUUUUUUAUUUAGUAAAUAAAGAAAAUGGUUUAUAUAAAUGCUCUUUAUAUAAAUGAAUUCCUCACGUAUGUGAAUGAAAUGAAUUUUAACUUGAGAAUGUGUUAGAACGCCACUUUCUUCUCCAUUGUGUUUCUCAAAGAUCUUACUGAAAAACGCUGACAAUUGUCUUCUCCACCUUGUUCAUUUGAUAUGUACAUAAUCCCAGCAACCUUCUUUUGUGUUUUUGUCAUUGUGUCCACUGUGGAUUUAGUGGAUUUGUUAAUCUUAUCCCAUUUUGUAUUUAGUUGUUUUGACUGUACUUUUGUGGUUGUUGACAAUGUAUUAAAAAUGUAUGUUUUGUACAAAGGGAAUUCCUGCACUCUUUGUAAGUCGCUCUGGAUAAGA